AUGACGAGUAAAGUAGUAGCAGCAGCUUCUGCUGCGUUUCUUUCACGCACUAACGAAUUGGGUAAUCUUCAACAAUCAUGUAUUCGGAUUCUCUCCUUUUGCGAAUCCAAGUCAUCGCGCAUUGGUUUACACAUCCACUGCCCUGUAAUCAAGUUUGGUCUUUUAGAUAAUCUCGACUUAUGCAACAAUCUUUUGAGUCUUUACUUGAAAACCGAUUGUAUAUGGAAUGCACGUAAGCUGUUCGAUGAAAUGUCGCCUAGAAAUGUUUUUGCUUGGACAGUUGUGAUCUCUGCUUAUACCAAGAGCCGAGAGUUUGUGUCAGCGCUUUCGCUGUUUGGAGAAAUGAUGGCUUCGGGAACACGACCGAGUGAAUUCACAUUUUCCUCGGUGAUAAGAUCUUGUGUUGGUUUAAGAGAUCUUAGUUACGGAGCUCGAGUUCAUGGUUCUGUUAUAAAGACAGGGUUUGAGGGGAACUCGGUUAUAGGAAGCAGCUUGACUGAUCUGUAUUCUAAGUGUGGGCAACUUAAGGAAGCUCGUGAACUCUUUAGUUCUCUUCAGAACCGGGAUACUAUCUCGUGGACUAUGAUGAUAUCUUCUUUAGUUGAAGCUCGUAAAUGGAGAGAGGCGUUGCAUUUGUAUUCUGACAUGAUUAAAGUUGGUGUUUCUCCUAACGAGUUUACCUUUGUUAAGCUUUUAGGUGCCUCUUCCUUUCUCGGUUUGGAGUUUGGUAAGAUAAUUCAUAGCAACAUAAUCGUUAGGGGAAUUCCACCAAAUGUGGUAUUGAAGACUUCUCUGGUUGAUUUCUACUCGAGGUUCUCUAAAAAGGAAGAUUCUUUGAAGGUUUUGAAUUCAACUGGAGAACAGGAUGUGUUUCUGUGGACCUCUGUGGUAUCAGGGUUUGUAAGAAACUUGAAAGCCACAGAAGCUAUUGGUACGUUUCUUGAGAUGCGAGAUUCUGGUUUUCAGCCGAAUAACUUCACAUACUCUGCAAUACUGAGCUUGUGUUCAUCAGUCCGGUCGCUAGACUUAGGCAAGCAGAUUCACUCACUAAUGAUUAAGGUUGGCUUGGAGGAAAACACUGAUGUCGGAAAUGCACUUGUAGAUAUGUAUAUGAAGUGCUCGGCAUCAGAAGUAGAAGCUUUUGGAGUCUUUGCAGCAAUGAUCUCACCAAACGUCAUCUCUUGGACAACAUUAAUCUUAGGUCUUGUUGAUCACGGGUUAAAGCAAGAUUGUUUGGGACUGUUGAUGGAGAUGGUAACGCAAGGGGUAGAACCUAAUGUAGUUACUCUCUCUGGUGUUCUCCGAGCCUGCAGAAAAUUGAAGUCUAUAAGACAUGUAGUAGAGAUCCAUGGAUAUCUACUCAGAAGACACGUAGAUGGUGAAUUAAUAGUAGGGAAUUCACUAGUUGAUGCAUAUGCCAGCUUGAGUAAGGUGGAAUAUGCCUGGAAAGCGACUCGGUUGACGGACAGGAGAGAUGCUAUCACCUACACGAGCUUGGUGACGAGGUUUAACGAGUUGGGCAAGUACGAAAUGGCACUAAGCGUCAUCAUUCAUAUGUGUGCAGAUGGAAUCCGAAUGGAUCCUGUUAGCAUAACCGGGUUUAUCUCAGCGUCAGCCAACUUGGGCGCUCUUGAAACUGGGAAACAUCUUCAUUGUUACUCAGAAAAAUCCGGGUUUUCUAGCUCGGUUUCGGUUUCAAAUAGUCUUCUUGACAUGUACGGUAAAUGUGGUCUCUUGGAACAUGCAAAGAAAGUUUUCGAAGAAAUAGCUAUUCCUGAUGUGGUUUCCUGGAAUGGAGUGAUAUCUGCUUUGGCAUCAAACGGUUGUAUUUCAUCUGCUCUGUCUGCAUUUGAAGAGAUGCGGAUGAAAGGAUUCGAGCCCGAUUCAGUAACGUUCCUGAUAUUGCUCUCUGCUUGUAGUAAUGGAAGAUUAACAGAGAUGGGCCUUGAGUAUUUUCAAUCAAUGACGGAGAUUCAUAACAUUGAGCCACAGAUAGAUCACUAUGUUCAUCUAGUUGGUAUCUUAGGUCGUGCUGCGCGCCUAGAGGAAGCAACAGGAGUUGUAGAGACAAUGCAGUUAAGACCAAAUGCAUUGAUCUUCAAAACAUUGCUAAGAGCUUGUAGAUACCAUGGAAAUCUGGCCUUAGGAGAAGAUAUGGCUAACAAAGGCUUAGCACUUGCACCAUUUGAUCCAGCCUUCUACAUUCUUUUGGCUGACUUAUACGAUGAAUGUGGAAAACCAGAGUUGGCCCAAAAGACUAGAAAUUUGAUGAGUGAGAAGGGUUUGAUUAAGAAGGUAAGCAAGAGCACUGUGGAAGUUAAUGGAAAAAUUAACAGCUUUGUCAGUGAGGAUGCUACUACUGUGGAGAAAACGACUGGGAUUCACGCAGAGAUAGAAUCUAUAAAGGAAGAGAUCAAAAGGUUUGGUUCUCCGUACCGAGGUAAUGAAAACGCAAGCUUUCACAGUGCAAAACAAGCUGUUGUAUAUGGUUUUAUAUAUGCGUCACCACAAGCUCCUAUUCAUGUUGUUAAGAACAAAAUCCUGUGUAAGGACUGCCAUGAUUUUGUCUCCAUCUUGACCAGAUUAGUCGAUAAGAAAAUAACUGUAAGAGAUGGGAAUCAGGUACAUAUUUUUAGGAAUGGCGAAUGUUCUUGCAAAAGGGAAGAAACAACAUUUGUAUUAUCAUAGGUUUUUAAUAAGAAUGAUAAAACAUUUGCGAAAAGCGUACAACAUUGUUGUAGUUUUGAAAGUUAUUAAGCAUUUUAUUCA